AUGGCUGGCAUUGAGCACAUCCAGGUCCACUCCAAGAGCUAUCUCGUACGCUGGAUACAGGUCUCCGAGCAUCACUCUAUCUCUUGGUCGCUACAGCCCAAUAAGAAGAGUGUCAACUUCGGCAUCUUCAAACAUCCAGGCACCAAGAAUGGCCUCAACCCGAACCUUCCCGCGCAAGAGACGAUCGAGAGCGCAGCGAACACACCUGGCACGCCAGCACCAGACGGAGCAUCGCAGUCUAGACCGCAGCAAGCGUCGAGGAGAGCGUCUGUCACAGACAGCAAUGUCGUCGAAAAGCUGCAGGGGAUCGGGCUGAGGUCUGUUGCGUGGACUGGAAGAUGCGAAGCAGACAAGGUCGCAAUGGGGCGUUACGACGUUCCUGAAGGAGAAGGAGGCACCUACGGUCUGGUGUUCGACAAUACAUUCUCCAAGCAGACAUCGAAGACUGUGACGUUCGUUCUCAUGACGCAUCCGACACACGCGCCGCCGAAGUCUGGGCACCAUCUACACUAUGCCAUGGCCAAUGCGAGUUCGGGCAGCAAUGUUGGGAGUAGAAGAGGAUCCAGUCCGUCAUUGAAGCCUGUGUCUGAAUCGAGCGACUCCCUACCUCUGCACGCGCAUCGAGCUGUUCUGGAAGACCCACGGCCGAACUCUAAGGGAGGACAUCCAGUGGAAAGCAGAGGAAUUGAGGGCGCGACAUUCUACACUGGGGUGCUAUGGAAGAAGAGGAGGAAGCGAGGUCAGGCACCGGCAAAACGUUUCUUCUCCCUGGACUUCACGUCGUCAACGCUAUCUUAUUACAAGAAUCGGCAUUCCUCUGCGCUACGAGGCGCGAUUCCACUAUCUUUGGCUGCCGUCGGCGCAAACGAGAAGAAUCGCGAAUUCUCAGUCGACUCAGGCGCAGAAGUAUGGCAUCUGAAGGCCAUCAAUCGGAAGGAUUUCGAAAGCUGGAGGGAUGCCCUUCAACGGGCUCAGGCGAAUGCUUACACACCAUCGACCCCGUCAAAAGUACUGCGCGACUUUCCCUUGCCUAAGAGGCAGGAUCCGGCUGAGGAGCGUGAGUGGCAGAGAGUGGAGCAGCUCGUUAGCAAAGUUGCUGGUACUCGCGAUGCUGUGCGAGGUCUUGCGAAAGACACCGAUUCAAAGUACAGCACGGGCAGUAACGGCGCAGGACUUGGCCUGACCACAUUGGAGAGCAGCAGCAAUAACGCCAGUCCGAUAUCGAACGAGGACGCGAACUCAUACUUUCUUCAGCCGGACGAUCGAUCGAACGCACAAAGACGGCCGUUCUGGAAACGAACUGCAAGCGCAGAUAGGAGCCCGUCUGCACUGUUUCGCAGAAGUGUGUCUGCUCAGCUUGCGUUCCCUUCGCCUUCUUUAGCUGGCCCAGCGUCUCCCUCGAACGGCUCAAUUACCAUACCAAAGCGGCCUAGCAUGAGCACGAUACAACAAAGUCCUCUGCGAGGCAGUUCCGAGGUCGAUGUGCAUGAGCGCUGUAUGGCUCUAUUGCGGGACCUUGACAGUGUUGUCUCUGACUUCUCGGCACUGGUUGCAGAGAGCAAGGCCCGAAGGCAACCGCCGCAACUGACCACAAAUUCACGCUUGUCGCUGGACUCGAUUGACGAUCAGGAGUUCUUCGAUGCCGAUGAUGGAGGCACGCCUUCGCACCUGCUGGACAUACGUCGUUCUAGCGAAUACACGGAGCCACAAGGAGAUCUAUUUGACGAGGGCUCAGACGUGGACUCCGACUCAAGCAGUGAUGCGGGCGAUGGUCCCGGGGAGUCUGUGAUCUUCAGUCCAAAGCGGCAGACAUCGCAGUCUCCUCUCUUCCCAGACAAGCCUCAAACCCUGUCGCCGCUGCCACUGUCACCUGUCAAGCGGCGGACGACCGUCAAGCCACCGAAGCAGGCACCUCCGAGUAUCAUUGGCUUUCUUCGCAAGAACGCUGGCAAAGACCUGUCUACGGUCUCCAUGCCCGUCACUGCCAACGAACCUACCUCGCUUCUGCAGAGGCUAGCAGAAACAUUGGAGUAUCCUCAGCUGCUAGACGCUGCAGCCUCCACCUCGAUCUCUGCGGCCGAGCGCAUGAUGUACGUGGCAGCAUUUGCUGUGUCUUACUACUCCAAUAACCGUGUCAAGGAAAGAGCCAUCCGCAAGCCUUUCAAUCCCAUGCUUGGCGAGACCUUUGAGCUCGUGCGAGAAGACCUUGGCUUCAGGUUCCUCGCAGAGAAGGUGUCGCAUCACCCAGUACGGAUGGCUUGCCAAGCAGAGAGCCUGAACAACGGUGGUUGGUGCUACACACAGUCGCCGCAGCCGGUGCAGAAGUUCUGGGGCAAGUCGGUAGAGCUCAACAAUGACGGCAGAGCCCGAGUUGUAGUGCAUGCUUCGCAAGAGCAUUACUCGUGGACACAAGCAACUUGUUUCCUGCGAAACGUCAUCGCUGGUGAGAAGUACGUCGAGCCGGUGCAGACCAUGACGGUGUCGAAUGAGACGAAUGGCAUGCGAGCGGUGGCUACUUUCAAGUCUGGAGGUAUGUUCUCUGGUCGAAGUGAGGAUGUUUCUGUGCAGCUUUUCGACAAGGACUCACCGCUGCCGCUCGGACUAUCGGGCAAGUGGACGGAAAGCUUGAACAGGACGGACACAGGAGCCACGGUCUGGAAAGUUGGACCUCUUGUUCCCGAUGCCGCGAAGGUGUACGGCUUCACUUCGUUCGCAGCAGCUCUCAACGAAGUCACUCAGGUCGAAGAAGGUCACCUGCCACCAACAGACUCGCGUCUGAGACCAGAUCAACAGGCUCUGGAAGAAGGCGAUGCAGACAAGGCGGAAGCACUCAAAGCUCGAUUAGAAGAACGACAGCGCGCACGCAGAAAGGUGCUUGAGAGCCAUGGUCAGGAGUGGAAGCCGCAAUUCUUUGAGAAGGUCCCGACCAAUGUUGUUGAUGAUCAGAGUGAGGAGGUUUGGGUCUUGAAGAGUGACAAGGCCGGGUAUUGGCAGAAGCGUGCGGCAGGCGAUUGGAGUGGCGUGCAGCAGGUGUUUGAAUUGUAG